UCGAUCCACUCGUCGAUCGAGCGAACUGUGCCACUGAACCAAAGGCUACAGGGCGGAGGGGCGAUGACAACGGAGCCCUCGCCCCGCCGCGCUAGGGUUGGCGAGCCGGCGGCGGACCCGCUGACGUCCCUCCCGCCGCCCCUGCUCGACGCCAUCCUCACCCGCCUCGACCUCCCCGACGCGGUCCGUACCUCCGCCUUCUCUCGCGCCUGGCGCCGCCGGUGGGAGGCCCUCCCCUACCUCUGCCUCUCCUUCGUCGACAACCCCGGCACGGCCCCCUUGGCUGUCGACCGCGUUCUCGCUCGCUACCCCGGCCGCAUCUCCAACUUCUCCUUCCACGUCGACGAGCACUCCUUCGGCCGCGUCGAUGACUGGCUCGUCGCCCUCUGCGACCGCGGCGUCAAGUCCAUCAACCUCCGAUGCGCCUCCCCCUUCAUCCUCCACUCCUCCCUCUUCUUAUGCGCCCAACUCACGCACCUGAAGCUGUGCCAUUGCGGCCUGCCGCCUCUCCCGGUGGGAUUCACUGGAUUCCCCAUGCUCAAGGAUCUAAAACUCAGCUUUGUCGAAUUCCUGGAGAACGGGGAGAGCCAACUGGAGGCGAUUCUUGUCGGGUCACCUUUGCUUGAAACCCUGAAUCUUCACUUUGUGGAUAUCCGUGGGAACGAUCCAUACUCAAAUGUGUGGGUGAUUCGCGGGGCCAACCUCCGGAGCCUAACGAUAAAUUCUGAUUUUGAGUAUGACUGGCAAGUUAAGGAGCUGCCAUACCUCGAUUAAGCCGACAUCGAUGUGGGAAACUAUGUGAGCUCUAUCAAUUUCAGAGGAUUUCUUGCCAGCUUUGCGCAAAUUAGGAAGCUCUCUCUCUCUCUGUGUGCGUGCUACGCAUCGUCUACUGGAGGCGGUCUCUUGGAAACACUUCCAUUUACCUUUGACAACUUAAAGAGUUUGACCCUCUGGACACGUUUUUAUGAGAUGCGUUCCAUUGUGUUAACCUUUUGCGUACUAAGGAAUACUCCUAAUUUAGAAGAACUUGAAAUUACGACCUAUGGUGAUGGGGAUGCACCUGAAACAAAUGCAGAGUUUCUAAAUACACAAUGGACUGAUGCCUUCUGUGCCAACCUUCAGGCUGUGAAAAUGAAAAAUAUUGGCUGGUUGCAAAAUGAAAUGUAUUUCAUAGAGCUCGUUUUAUCUAAAGCAGCAGUUCUUCGCACAAUGCAUCUUAGUCUUGGUUGCAGAAGAUCAAAGUCAAAUGAGGAUGCACUCUGUGAACUAAUGACAUAUAGAAGGGCUUCAACCCAUGCUCGAGUCUUCUUUGACGGUAAAAAAAAAAUUUGACGGUAAAAAAAAAUCUUGAACUUCAGUCAGUAAUUAUCUGUAUUCCUUAGCCUAUAUUUAUGUUGAAGAAUAUAUGGAGUGUCUUACAAGUUUCACAUUCUUAAUUGGCCCUUGGGUUGAUAUAUUAUGUGCUACCAUUAUUGUCUAUACCAGAGAGGAGGGAAUAUUGAUGGAAAUAGGAUGAACACUUGUGUCAAGAGAAAUCACAUGUGAACAUGGAAAGCUUGAAAAUGAGUUUGGAUCUAUACCCAAGGUUUUCUUUACAAGAUCAUGACUCCCAUGUUUUCUUUACAGGAUGAUAACUUGAGUCGUUGAUCAUUUUUCUAAACGACUACCUUGUAGCCAGAUUCCAUUAUCAUCACAUAACAGAACAUGAAUUUUGUACUAUCUGCCUUUAGCUUAGUUGCCGCCUAACUCUAGCAGCGUCCCUUUAAUCUUUACGAAGGGAGGGUAGGGACAAAACAUUAAGUGCAAAUUAUCAGUACUGGCCACAGAACAAACCACUUAGUGAUAAUUUAGCUUUCGAGUAAGGCACAUUGGGAUAAAGAGUGAUAGCAUUGUGCUAAAGCAGUAUGGAUUUAUCUCAUGGGACAAAAAGUUGAUAGUGAUCCAACACCUUGUCGAUUACAGUGGGAAUCGAGAGUUUCAUCUUCAUGCUUCACUGAAUGCAUUACAUAUUUGUUCAUUAUUACACGUACUGCUACUUCGUUUUUAUUACUUUGUAUGUUGUUUAUUCAAGUUUAUGUUUUCUCCUGUUUUAUCACCUGCUUAAUAUCUUGCAACGAGUUGCACAAAUUCAGAAAGUGGCUGUUAUCCUUUUGCAGGUAAAAUGAAAUGAGCUGCUAGAUAGAGACGUGUCUUCCAUGCAAUUCUGGGAAUGGGCGCUGAUUACGUUCAGAUGGCUCACUUGCGUAAGACGGUGUCUGUUUAUCCCUUGAUCUUCUCUAACUAUGUACCUUGGGCGGCUGGGCUGUUAAAGAUAUGUAUCCUGAAGAAAAUGGUUGUCGUCAUGAGCUACUUUACUGCUCCGUUUGGCGCAUAAUUAUGUCUUGUAUGACCUGCAAAACUCUCCUUAAGAGAGAACUCUUGCUAUGUGAUUUUCCAAUGAAAACUUGCUGUGCACCAUUAGUUUAAUUUGCUUAGAAAAUGUUUGUAAGAGCUUACGAGUGGGAUAGUAGCAAUGACAAACAGUAUUACCUGUGUCCCAUAAUGUAAGACGUUUUUGCAGUUCAAUUUGAACUGCAAAAACAUCUUAUAUUAUGGGAGGGAGGGAGUAGUAAACUCAUAGCCUUGUGUUGCACAAAUCCCUUUGCCCAUCCCAUAGCAUUAGCGAAGCAACAUGCCUUGGAAAAAUUAAAAGGAGCAGGAGAAAAGCAACAGCUUGUAGCCUUGUAUGUUACUAUUAGUAUGAACAGGUUGGAUCAUCAUGUUCUCCUCUUUUG